AUGCUCAAGGACGAUCGUCAUAUCCAAUCGACUGUUGCGCUAUUGGAGAACGCCAACAGCUCUAACAGCCAGGUUCCCUUUCAAGCAAUCGAUCUCGACCUUUCACAAAGAGGCGGUAAUGAUAUCGAUGCUCUGCCAGAAGCAUCUGCAGUAGCCACGCUAGGCAGCCACACAUCAACGCGGUCCAAACGCGAGAUCAUUGCGCUUGAUGGAUUCAUGUUCGACUCGAGUGUUCUGCAGGAUCGAGACGACCAGUCGAAGAGCAUAGACAAGAUCGUGGCUUUGGCAAUCCAAGCCCUCGAGAUCACUAUCACUAUGACGAGGAUACCCCUGAAGGCAGCCUCCUCAACGACACCAAGCAGCAACAAGAGCCUUCACCCUCGCCAACUUCGUCCGCAUCCCUCCUCGCACGAAGAGCUAGGGCACAACGAGGACCCAGGGGACAUCAAGGAAGUCCAGAUCGAGGCCGAAGAUCCGUCCCAUUUAUUCUGGGUCCCGUUCCAUAUGCACCCAGAGAUUGCGCCCAAUGCGUACAACAACUGGCUACAUAAGCAUGGCGUUGAUUCGACCGGACAAAGUACCUUUCUCGCCGUCAGAAAGUCAUCUGUAAACAGACGUCGGUCUGUCCUCUCGGCCGAGUACAACCCAGAGCUGGAUGAAGAGGACGAAGAAAGAGCUCCUGCACCCAGAAGUCUAGAUCCAGUUCAGGAAUCGAAGGAAGGCAUGCGUGAAUAUAACGCCGAGACGAACACAGACUUUUUGUCUGGUGUCUUUUCUGCCCCAUUGGAGCAGAUGGGCGAGCCUCCAUUGAAGACGAAAACUUCGCUCCGACGAUCACUUAGCCACACACGAAACGUACUGUCUCAUGCCACAUCUGAUGAAGGGUCAGUUGAAGAGGAUCUUGCGACUGUGAGGAGGACUGGUGGAUUGCAACGGAGUGGACCUUCACUCUUGCGAAGGAGUGCUAGGACAAAGAUUCGACGAAACUCGACAGCUUCGUACGACAAAAACGACGUUUCUCGGUUGCGACAGUCGACGGAUGAGAAUGGCGAAUACCCUGCAGUGACCCUUGUUGAUCCAGGUCCACUGCCUCUGUCAUCAGACACUCCAACUGUUACUUUGACUUCAGCCGACCACUCAUCGGAUGAUCUUGACACGGCUGCUCAGCCUACUGAAUCCAAACCAUUGAAGCGAUUUGUGUCCACGCUCCGCGAUCCCUCAAAGCCUACGAUAACGACCUACGUUGAGCCAGAGCUGUUGGAGCAGCAACGGCAGGAGAUCGAAGGAGUGUCUAAACUUUCGGUUACGUCAUCAUUAGCUGCUCAUAGUUCUCCGGCAGAGCAUCCGGACCUGUCGGCCUACACAGGCGCUGUUAUUUCGACGGUUACCUAUCCUAUUCCUCCUCCUGUCAAGUUGACUCAAAACCUACUCCAGCAUCCCUCACAUCAGUCAAGACCAGCCGUUGAACGGACCCCAGUGCCCUCUCAACCAGCUAGACAGCCUCAACCAAAGCAACCCUUGCCUUCCGCAACUCCUUCACCUCCUUCUUCUGCCUCCAAAAAGUCGUCAACAUGGUCGUGGCUUCGAGGCAAAGAGAGAGACGGCGAAGUACAAAUGGACCCCAAGUUGCAACCCAAGCGUGACGCUGCAGCGGCGGCCUUACCUUCAGCGCCAACCUCCAAGGCUACAACCAAGAAACCGUCCACUCUGUCCCUCUUAUUCUCAAGAACCGGAAAAACGUCCACCAAACCACAGCCAGCAGUGUCAGGUCCCCUUACACCUGCAACAAGCCGUGGUCCUCAACGGAAUGCCCUGUUGAACGAUGGCUUUGAGAUUGACCCUUGCCGCAUGCCGAUCAACACAGAGCGGGCGAUCUACAGGCUAUCUCACGUCAAGCUUGCCAACCCAAGGCGACCGCUUCACGAGCAAGUUUUGAUUUCCAACAUGAUGUUCUGGUACCUUGGAGUGAUCGAGCAGGAGACUGAGAUGCAGCAUCAGCACCAACAGCAGCAAGCGCAUCCUCAGGCUAUACCUUUACCACCCAACCAUAACCCUUCGGAACUAUCGCAACAGCAGCAACAUCAGCAAUCAUCGUCCAUGCAUCAGGCGUCCCUAGACGCGGCACAAGGUUCUCUAGAGGACAAUACCAACGGCAAGUCCAUCGAGGCAGGCUCAUCGCUUCCCGCGUCGUCUCUGUCUCCUUCUCUUAGGCAAAAGAGAUCACAGCCGGAGCUGUCGACGAUUGAAGUGCGCGUUGAGGGUUCAGAGGAUUUUAUACCGCAACAAGAUAGUAAUUCUCAUGCUCGGUCUCCUGGGAAGGAAGUCAUUAUUGAGUUUAUGCACGUCGAUGCGGACGAUGCCGACUAUGACGAGGAGAGUAUGAUUGGCGGCUUCGGCGAGCAGUACGAAUGGUCGGAUGAGGAUGAGGCGGCGGAGAGCGGCACUGGCGACAAGGGAAACUCGGUGUACCUCCGAAGUGGAUCCCCAGUCCAGAGCGGAUUCUCUGUCUACUCGACGUCCUCGAUUGACCUCUCCAAUGGUCCAGAGACCGUGUCUGUCGUCUAG